CUGUCGGCCAUCGCUACGACCCUCGAUAGUGAGUACCAUAAGCGGAUGGCAGCGGCCGGUGUGUUGGCGGCCGCUGCAGCAGCCAGUGCCGUUAGUAGCAUGAAUGGUGCAGCCGCCCUGGGCGACGCAGGGAGUGAGCAGGCGGCCGCUGACUUUUUCGCUGCCCACCACAAAGCCGGCACUCACGAGCUUGCCUUCAAGCAGCACUUUCUCAAUGAGAAAGUCCGGUUGCAGGCGCUGCUGCAGCGCCAGGCGCAGCAGCAGCACCAGCACCACCAGAAGCUGGCCGGUUUUCUGCUCUCGACGGCCAGCACACCGCCCACGCCCACACUCACUCCGACCAGUGUACUGAAUCUCGGGCCACCGAGCGGUGGCUCUGACCAGCGUGGUGGCUCGCAGUCCCCGGCAGCCGGUGGCAGCAGUUGUCGCUCUUCUGCGGCUGCUACAUCGAGUGGAGCGGGCGGUGGCUCGGUCACCACGGGGUACGAAGGUGCCACCGGUGCCUCCAAACAAACCAACAACAGCAGCAGCAACAGCAACAACAACAGUAGCCAUAAUAACAACAGCAACAGCAGUAACAGCAGCAGUACCAGCAAAUCGGUUGCUGCCGUUGCGGCUGCCGCUGCAGCCGCCGAUCGCCUUUUUGCGGCCGCUUACAGUAAUAGCGGUACCGCACCAACCGUACCUUCGACUGGUGGUAGCGCUAGUAGCGCCGGUGGGGCCAACUCUGGCAAUAGUGCCGGCCAAGGGCAGGUCUACCUGUUGCCUUGUCCGUUGUGCGAAGUUCCACUGGAACCGCGCGUUUUCCGCCAACAUCUCGAUCGUCACUAUCCGCGCGAUAGUCCCGUUUGUCCGGUGAUUCAGUGUGGCCGCCGCUUUGCCCAUCCCAACUCGGUGCGCAACCAUAUGCGGCUGAAGCACACGAACCAGUGGGCCCAGAUGAAGGCGAUGCGAUCUUCGGGCGGUCCCUUCACGGGCAUUCCUUGAGAGCAAACGGUGUAAACCACACACAGCCACAGGGACAGGGUACUGAACACAUUCCAGGGAACGAAUAGAUCCGGAGAAAAGGGAUCAGUUAACAUGAUUGCUGCGACAGUGGGAUCGCUUCUUACGUUUCAAAAUCAUUAUCCGGAGAAGAAACUCGUUGAAUCUUAGUUGUAAGAAAAUACCCCGGAGCGGGUGGGGAUGCCGGUGUGCGCUAGUAUAUGUCCUAAAUUGACUAAAGUUCCUAAAACGCAAACUAAACGCGGAAAAUACGAAGUAAUUAAGAGUACCAGUCACACACAAAUGCUGAUCGGCCGGAUUAAAGUAAUUCAUUUAGAAAGAGAAUAAGUAAAGUAAACAAGUGAAGUAGCAAAAUGCAGUCAACGGGGAAAACUUCUGCUAGCGCAGUGUUGUCUAGAGCCGCCGAAUUAAGGUGCAUUGCAGCAUUGGACUGCUUGAACAUUGGCUAAACUGCUACACUAGAUGCAGGGGUUACUUCCCAAGGUAAUGCAAUAUCGCUCAUCCGCUGCUCACUGGAACCAGUCGAACUGGUUCCAUGAGAUGAACGUUUCGAAAAACAAAGUUUUCCUUUUCUAGUCCUACGUUCGAUCCUCACGAUCAUCGAAAGCCCACAAGUCAGCAUCUCACCUUGCUUUAUCAGAACAGUAUUACACUAACGGACGUCCACGGCACGUCGUGGAGUAUUGCUUCUUCUUCUAUUCUUCGAUGCCGGUAUCAAAACUCUCAACUCGUAGCUCGCAGUACCUCGAUAACUACAGGCUUUAUUUAUAAGAAAAAGAGCAAACCAGCGCUGUAGGGUAGUGUGCAUCCGAAGAGCAAGAUAAAUUGAGGAAACAAUUCUACCAACAUUGCAGACAAAGACAAGGAAACUGUCCUGGCGGAUUGGAAAAAUGAGUGGGAUGAUGAUGAUACACAAAAAUCGUAAGCCACCUCAGCAGAACCUGAUCAGAUCGGGCUGAUUUUUCUAUUUUUAGACAAACUGAAAUAACACGUUAAAUCGGAAAUGGUUCCUACUAAGCUAAACAAAAAAGAAAUACAAAUAGGUGACAAAUUGAGUAACGAAGCGUGGGGAGAGUGGAACAGAAAUGAAAAGACGCCAUACUAUCUAUUAUACUAUUCAAGAGAACGCCCGGCAGGAUGGCAAGGACACGCUAAACCACAAAACGCAGAAACCAAACGAAUCGAAGAAAGCGAACAAACCUGGUCAAACCGAUGAUAGCGCAUACUGUAUAUUUAUGAAACUAACAAUAAGCAUUCUGCAAACAGUAAGUUAUUGCAAGCCGUAGAACUGCGUGGUGGCAGUCCGCUAACGAGAAAAAAAAACAAAGACAAAAACAAACUCGCUAACCAAACUGGCAAACAAAAACCAUAGAAACGAAAAGUAGACUUUUCAUACCGAAAAGUGCGUAGUUGCUCGCCAUGAAUGUCAAAGAAGGCCUUAUAGGUUAGAUGGUUAGGUUACUAUACGCUGCACUCCUCCCCAUUUUUCCGCCCUCACCCACCCACACAGAACAGACGGAACAGACCCUAAGUACAUGCGCCUAAAUAGUUGCCACCACAUUGCCGAGUUAAGUACGCAAGAAUUGCCACAUAGAAAGCGCAUAGCGAACAUAGUCGACCAUAGAGCCGGGAAAGGAAUCGGUUCGGUAGCGUAAUUUUUGUGUUUUUUAGAUUUACAUUAACGAACCCACGGUACACCGCUACCUAUACCAUAGCACAGCCGGGUGGGUAAACUCCAAUUUACGCCCCGUCACGGAGGUUGAUAGUUCCAUUAACGGUCAUUUGGUUCGCCAAAGACCUGGCCUCGGUCCUGGAGCGGAGUGCGGUGCGGGGCGGAACCAGGAAAAACAUUACUGCUAGCUGGUCCCAUCCUACCGAUGGCCAGCGUUAUCCAGCGGACCUACCCAGUUUCUUAGUGCGAUUACGACGAUUCCGGCUGUGGCAUCGGCAUCGGCUGCGCCCACUAAACACCGACCACACCUUUGCACAAUUUUUCAUCAGUAAGGGCUCCAGCACCGAAAAGUAAAGUCAAACAGUAAUCAUCAUCACCAUCAUCGUCGUCGUCGUCGUCGUCGUCGUCACCACCUACCACCGUCACUAUUCGGUCAUAUCCUUGUGGCUGCCUAUUCCUAUUACCCUUGUGACGCAAAGACGACGCCGCGAGCGGCGCGAAACAAAACCCUAAUUACGCUGAUCCAAUAUGUCCAAUUAAUGGGGCCCGCCGGCUAGGAACGUUAGUAUAGAGACUGUUUUGCGUUUUUCGACACUAUUGGCGACUUCAAACGUACUACUUCUAGUUCACGGUUCAGCACCUGUUUGCUGCGACCCCAUGGUUUAUUGAUCUAUCGAUGAUUGCCAGAAAUGGAGAUAAGAUGGGCAGAGUUUAUACAAAAGAAACAUGCAACUAAAAUUAAACCUCGCUAAUUGUUCGCAGACCAGAUAGAAUGGUAGAGAGAGAGAGAGAGAGUGAAAGAUACGUAAUUUUGCUUUUACCUUUAGUAAACGUUUAAUACACAGACAAAACACAUAAACACCUCGUGACCAAGUGACGUCGGUGACAGUGAAAGACAUCGGUUCCUCGAUUUGCCAUUUUGCAUUAGGUUUAAUGUUAGGUAGAAGUAAGAAGUUUGAUUCCAUUCCUUGCUUUAUAGGUUUUACUAGGCGUGUUUGACAUUCGGUUUUAGUACCAAAAGUAUUUGCAUUCAGCUAGACGACGAUGCGUUUCUGAAGGUUGUGUUUUUUUCCUUUUCCUUCGUGGAAAUCUUUAGCGCUAGGAAAAUUAUAGAGUUUAUUAUAUUUAAACAAACAAGCAUGCUAGCUAGCAGCCCUCUUAAGGGUUGGCCGUGGAUAAUUUCUUGAGCUAAGUUUCUGAGCAAAAGUAACCAUUCCUAUCCAAGAAACCCUUUGCUCCCUUCUUCAAGCAACACUACAUGAAGACAGAUCUUCACUAUAGGAACAGAAGCCCCCCGCUUUAAUCUGGACUAAGCAGAACAAAGUGAAACAGAGCUGCAGGCAAAAGUAUUAACAAAACACCUACCGGUAAGCGUAUACGUUGCGAACGAGUAAGCGAGUGAGUGAGUGAUGGAGUAGAUAAGAGUUGUGCGAUAAAGCGGCGAUCACGAAAAAUGGCUACUUGUAAAAAGUUUUGUACAUCCAAUGGGCAUGCAGAAGCUGAAACAGAAAUGGGAGUGUAUGUGUGUGCGUGUGCGUGUGCGUGAAAGCAAAGCAUUGCAUCGUAGAAAGCACUGAGCCAGUGAAAUUGGUUAACAGGAGCAGAUUGGAAGGAACACAUCCUUGAUUACACAAAACAACAAACAGACACACUCGCACGCAUGCACAUACCUCCACCCACAACACACAACCGAUGUAUAAUGUAUUAUCGCGUUUGCAAUUGUUUGCACUGAGCAAUUGAAACGGGCCCGGGGGAGAGAAGAAUGCCUAACAGUGGAAGACGAAUUGAUACAAAAUAAAAAGGACAAAA